CAGGGAGAGAGAGAGAGCAGCAGAGGUCCCUGCAGGCAGUCAGUCAUUCUGUCUGCAGCGCAGCGCUUCGCUCGGUAUGUGGCAGGAGGGAGCGCCUGUCUUGGACUAAAACCACAGGAAAAACACGCUUUAAAAAUAAAACAUCAACAGGGGGAUUAAUACAAAACCUGACGAGGAUGAAACUCUAUCCGUCCGCUUGAAGACAUUUUCCACUCCGCCGUUUUUUCUCUGAUUUAUUACCGCUUUUCACUAAAAAGAUGGCGAACGACUCUCCGGCUAAGAGCCUGGUGGACAUAGACCUGGCAUCACUGAGGGAUCCAGCUGGGAUUUUCGAGCUGGUGGAGGUAGUGGGGAAUGGAACCUAUGGACAAGUGUAUAAGGGUCGACAUGUUAAGACUGGACAGCUGGCCGCCAUCAAGGUCAUGGACGUCACAGAAGAUGAAGAGGAGGAAAUCAAGCUGGAAAUCAACAUGCUGAAGAAGUAUUCCCAUCACAGAAAUAUAGCCACAUAUUAUGGAGCCUUCAUCAAGAAAAGUCCACCAGGCCACGAUGACCAGCUCUGGCUCGUCAUGGAGUUCUGUGGUGCCGGCUCAAUCACCGAUCUGGUGAAAAACACCAAGGGCAACACUCUGAAGGAGGACUGGAUCGCCUACAUCUCCAGGGAGAUCCUCAGGGGGUUAGCACACUUACACGCUCAUCACGUGAUCCACCGUGACAUCAAGGGACAAAAUGUGCUGCUGACUGAAAACGCUGAGGUCAAGCUGGUGGAUUUCGGUGUGAGCGCUCAGCUGGACAGAACAGUAGGUCGAAGGAACACAUUCAUCGGGACGCCUUACUGGAUGGCCCCAGAGGUUAUUGCUUGUGAUGAAAACCCCGACGCUACCUACGACUACAGGAGUGACCUGUGGUCCUGUGGAAUCACAGCCAUAGAGAUGGCUGAGGGAGCUCCCCCUCUGUGCGACAUGCAUCCAAUGAGAGCCCUCUUCCUCAUCCCCAGAAACCCGCCUCCUCGACUGAAGUCCAAGAAAUGGUCCAAGAAGUUCUUCAGCUUCAUCGAAGGCUGCCUGGUGAAGAACUACACCCAGCGCCCCCCCACUGAUCAGCUCCUGAAGCACCCCUUCAUUCGGGACCAGCCCAAUGAGAGGCAGGUCCGCAUUCAGCUCAAAGAUCACAUCGACAGAACCAAGAAGAAGAGGGGAGAGAAAGACGAGACAGAGUAUGAAUACAGUGGCAGUGAAGAAGAGGAGGAAGAAGCUUCUGAGCAAGAAGGAGAGCCAAGCUCCAUAGUCAACGUGCCGGGCGAGUCGACUUUGCGCCGCGACUUCAUCCGGCUGCAGCAGGAGAACAAGGAGCGCUCCGAGGCCCUCCGCCGCCAGCAGCUCCUCCAGGAGCAGCAGCUCCGCGAGCAGGAGGAGUACAAGCGCCAACUGCUGGCUGAGAGGCAGAAACGUAUCGAGCAGCAGAAGGAGCAGCGCAGACGGCUGGAGGAGCAACAACGGCGGGAGCGCGAGAUGAGGAGGCAGCAGGAGCGCGAGCAACGCCGGCGGGAGCAGGAGGAGAAAAGGCGCAUGGAGGAGAUGGAGCGCCGUCGCAAAGAGGAGGAAGAGCGCAGGAGAGUGGAGGAGGAGAAGAGGAGGGCCGACCGAGAGCAGGAGUAUAUCCGGCGCCAGUUGGAGGAGGAGCAGAGGCACCUGGAGAUCCUGCAGCAGCAGCUCCUCCAUGAACAGGCCAUGCUUCUUGAGUAUAAAUGGCGGGAGCUGGAGGAGCAGCGGCAGGCUCAGAAGCUCCAGCGACAGCUGCAGCAGGAGCAGGCCUAUCUGCUGUCACUGCAGCAGAACCAGAACCAGAACCUGGACAGUGGUAAAAGUAGCCAGCAGCCAAGCACCAAAGCCCCGCAGAGCCUGGAAGCCGACAGGGCGAAGGCCCUGCAGACGCCUGAGCCGGAUGCAUCGAAGCAACAAGCGCAGAGUAUUAGCAAUGAAAAGACGCAGCCCAGCCAGGGCUCCAGCCUGGAAAAAAGGCUCCCUGUGGCUGACCAGCAGAGCUCCACACCUGACUCUGAGCCGGUCAGAGAGGCCGAUGAGCGGUACAGGAAGAACGCCCAGGGUUCUCCGCAGUCAGCUCAGACCAAACCUCAGCAACCUCCGGUGCCACCGCGCUCGGAGUCUUCACACGCCAACGGGAACGCCGCAUCCGAGACGCCAGCGAUGCACCGGCCUGUGGAACCACAGGUUCGUUCACAUCUGGCCGCGCUGAAGAUCAGCAGCAGUGUGGCCUCGCCAAACUCAUCCGCUUCAACCCCGCCCGCCAUGUCCCGGUCACAAUCCUUCACAGAGCCGCUAACAGCUAGCUUUGAAAACCACCACCUGCACAAAAGCAAUGAGUCCCACCAUCUUCCUCCAUCCUCAUCGUCAUCUCCAUCAUUCUUAUCAUCAACGCCUGCUCGCUCUGAGCCACAAACACAACCUCAGCCCAGACCCCUGCCCCAUGAAAAGGUCCCGUCAGAAGACGCCCCGCCCAGAGUUCCUGUAAGGACAACAUCAAGGUCUCCGGUGUUGUCGAGGCGAGACUCGCCUCAUCACCAGAGCAACGCCCCAAAGAGCAGGGACGUGCUCCGAAAUGCUGGAAGUUCAGCAGAGCCUCGGCUCCUCUGGGAACGGGUGGAGAAACUGGUUCCCAAAACGAGCGGUAGUAGCGGCAGCGGAGGCUCCAGCUCCUCCAGCAGCUCCAGUAACUCCAGCUCUCAAAGCGGCUCUGGGGAGAGGUUCAGGGCUCGCUCCUCUUCCAAAUCGGAGGGUUCGCCCCUCCAGCGACCGGAGAAUGCCGGGAAAAAGCCAGAGGAGCGGAGGGACUUGGUCAAGGCAAACAAACCAGCGGACCUGACGGCUCUGGCCAAGGAGCUGCGUGCCGUGGAUGACGUCCGCCCCCAGAAUAAGGUGACGGAUUAUUCCUCAUCCAGUGAGGACUCUGACACCACUGAUGAAGAUGAUGAUGAAGAGGUGGACCAGGAGGCGGGUGAAGAGUCGACGUCCGGCCCAGAGGACUCCAAAGCAGUGUCUUCCAAGCUGAGUAACGGAGAAACGGAGUCGGUGAAAACCAUGAUAGUUCACGACGAGGGCGAGAACGAAGCAGGGACGACUCGGUGCAAAGACAGCACGCUGGUUGUCAGACAGAGUAGUGUCUGUAGCUCGCCCUUUGCUCCAGCUAACACGUACCCCUCCCCUGAGCUCGCCAGGAACACUUCUAGACCCAUAGUUGUCUACCCCUCUUUCUACUUCCAGAGUGCAGGUGACAACAGAAAGCGUGUAGCCCCCGUGUCGGGCCAAACGCAGACCCUUAGCCUGCUCGCAGGCUUCUCUCCGAGCCCCGGCUCGCCGUCGGGGCAGGGACUCAUCCUCCACACCCCCAGUCCCCCACACCACCACCACCAUCACCACCACCACCAUCACCCCACGCAGCACAGUGACAGGAACGGCUUUCCUGGCCGCAUCCAUCACCUCCCAGACCUGAUCCAGCAGAGCCACCAUUCCUCCCCCUCCUCCUCUGCAUCCAACUCCCCUUCUUCUUCCAGCCUUGCCAGUCCCUCCACCAUGGCCCCCCAGAGCCCCCUGGAGAAGCUCGGCAUCCUCACAGAGAGCCAGUCAAGUAACAACAUGCAGAAACACAAGUCCUCUUCAUCUUUCACUCCGUUCAUCGACCCGCGCCUCCUGCAAGUGUCUCCAUCCACCGGCAGCGCCCUCAACAAUGUCGGCUACGCCAAUGACGCCCGGCUGGCGGAAGCGUUGAGAGCAGAUCCAUCACGGAAAGGCUCAGUGGUCAACGUCAACCCGGUCAACACCCGUCCUCAGAGCGACACGCCGGAGAUCCGCAAGUACAAGAAGAGGUUUAACUCUGAGAUCCUGUGUGCCGCACUGUGGGGUGUGAACUUAUUGGUGGGGACAGAGAGCGGCCUGAUGCUGCUGGAUCGCAGCGGUCAGGGAAAAGUUUACCCACUGAUCAACCGACGGCGCUUCCAGCAGAUGGAUGUCCUCGAGGGACUCAAUGUCCUCGUAACUAUAUCAGGUAAAAAGAACAAGCUGCGUGUGUACUACCUGUCCUGGCUGAGGAACAAGAUCCUUCACAACGAUCCUGAAGUGGAGAAGAAACAGGGCUGGACCACCGUAGGGGAUCUGGAAGGCUGUGUUCACUACAAAGUCGUAAAAUACGAGAGGAUCAAGUUCUUGGUUCUGGCUCUGAAGAACUCUGUGGAGGUCUACGCCUGGGCGCCCAAACCGUACCACAAGUUCAUGGCCUUCAAGUCUUUUGGCGACCUGGUGCACAAGCCCCUGCUGGUUGACCUCACUGUGGAGGAAGGGCAAAGGUUAAAGGUCAUCUACGGCUCCUGCUCAGGGUUCCACGCUGUCGACGUCGACUCGGGGGCGGUUUAUGACAUCUACCUGCCGACCCACAUUCAGAACAACAUCCAGUCCCACGCCAUCAUCAUCCUCCCUAACACCGACGGCAUCGAGCUGCUGGUGUGCUACGAGGACGAGGGCGUUUAUGUCAACACCUACGGGCGCAUCACCAAGGACGUGGUGCUGCAGUGGGGCGAGAUGCCCACCUCAGUUGCCUACAUUCGAUCCAAUCAGAUCAUGGGCUGGGGGGAGAAGGCCAUAGAGAUCCGCUCCGUGGAGACGGGUCAUUUGGACGGAGUCUUUAUGCAUAAGAGAGCCCAGAGACUCAAGUUCCUCUGUGAAAGAAAUGACAAGGUGUUCUUCGCCUCGGUUCGACCCGGAGGCUCCAGCCAGGUCUACUUCAUGACUCUGGGCCGAAGCAACCUUCUCAGCUGGUAGAGGUCCAAGCCCCGCCCUCCGUUUUUUCUCCUCCUUCUCCUCACCCUUCGCAUCGUCCCCCACCUCGCUAACACUGGAUCUCAGAACCCACCUCUGAUGUUUCUGUCAAUCCUCGGAAAACGAAAUGAGAAACGGACACACCAGCCGACCGGCCCAUCAGAGCAGCCGACGGCGACAACUUCAGCUUCUAGAGCUCGACGCCCGGGGUUCUGGGGCUCAACCUGCGACGCGGCGACGGCCACGAAAAGGUCGCCGCCCCUCAGAAAUACCGGAAAUGACGACUUUCUUGCAGAAGUGAAAUCAAUAGCUUAGACGUUAAGGGAGGUAGAAAAUAAACAACUGUGAAUUUCAGAAAACAGGACAGACGACGUUGUGUUUUCUCUCAGCUGUCUCGGUGCUUGUCACGUCACGAUGGGGUCGAUGUCGAACUUCUGCUUCGUUUCCGUGCUCUCGGGUUGGUCCGUAACAUCGAUGUCUUUUAGCUAGGAGUUUUGCAAACGCUACUAUCACUUCUACAGCUUCUACUUUCUGCAGGUCUGCCUCCUGUAAGGAAGCCUGGAGUUAGUCUUGUUUUGUGCUGCAGUGAUGUAAAUAACAGCAGCUUUGGGCGGUUGAGGGCUGACGCCUGGUUGGAGGAUCAAUCCGAAACCCUGGACGCAGCCUAGCAGGUGGGUGAGACCUGGUGUUUAAUAGGAGCGUGUUUGAUGUUCUUUAACAGGACGAAGGAAGGAGAAAGGACCGAUCAGGCAGAUGGAUUUCAAAUUAGUAUUUUCUGAAUUCUUAUAGAGAGGUGUAACAAAGAGGAGUUAAACGUGUCUUUAAGCUUUCGUUUUUCCAUUAAUGCACAUUCAGCCUCAGGCCGCGACUCGCUUGUUUCCUCCAUUUUGAGCUGUAUGUGGAGAAAGCAAGAUGAAAUCGAACCGACGCUCGUCGUCAGCUGUGACGGCCAGAAGUGGUGAACUGGUGGUGCUGUGAAUAGCGAUUCAGCGGUGUUUAUGGACGGAUGAAUUAGAGGAAAGUUUAGCAUGUGUGUGUGCGUAUGUGUGGCGGGAGAGUUCGAUGUUGUCGGCGAAUCGAAUUCCCAUGGCAGGGAGGCAAACGCAUGGUUCAGCGGGUUAGUUUCAGGUGCAGGAGGCGGACUAUCUUCCAUUUUCCUUCUUUCACUUCAUCUUCCAUCUAUAUUAUUUGUAUGUACUCAAUGCACUAAGUGUCCAGAAUGUAGAGAGACUUCUUACUGUGUGGUGGUCCAAGGCAUGAGAUGAUGUUUCUCUUUGUAUCUUUGUCACAAGUGGUCAAUUCUAGGUGUUCAAUUCAAAUGAAAGUGAAUAAAAGCAGACCUCUCAUCGAGUGUGGAUGUACUUUUCUUUCCUGCAGCCGUGCCCCCCUCCCUCCCUCGUCUUCUGGCUUCCUGAGAGCCCUGCUUGCUUUAACAUGAGGACUAAAACUUUGUUGUUUCAAAACGUACACUUUUGGACUUCAGUAUUGCUGUGAUGAAGUGUGUCUUUUUAGGGCGACACAGAGCAGAUCUUUUUUUAUUUCCCCCUCAUGCUUCAAAGUUGUUUUGACAUUUUCUUGUACAUGUGCAUCUCAAUAAAUUAAAAUAUUAUCAAAAAGUUCAUUUACUUAUGAAAUUCAUUUACAAAUUUAUAACAAAGAGUAAAUAUUUAAGUGUGAAUUUCUGUUGAUUUGAAUCAAAUUGUUUUACUUCAUCUAAAAGGACUACUUUGACGACAGUCCAGUCCUGUUCACAUUAGUUCAGGUAAGUCACUUCUGGGUCUGGUUCAGGAGUGACUCGAGACAAGGCCGUGUCCCGAACACAUCGAGUCUUCAUGUCCUUAAUCUCCUCUGAAGGGCUUUCUUACACAAAUCCUUUCAAGGAUGCCGUUAUUCCCGUUUGUGCACUUUUUCCUUCCACUUAACUUCUCAUGCUUAUUCCUUGUCAAAGCACUCUGAACUUUUAAAAACCUUUUAGUUUAUCAGCAACAUGAGUCUUUUUUAGGAUUAUUUCAGCCAUAACAUUUGUGUGUCACAGAAAUCUGUUGUUAUUAGUCGUAUGUGAAACCCUGAGUUGCUAAUCUGAAUCUUGUUUAUUUUCCUUUAGUUAUAAUCCACCAUAAUCCAAAUAAUUGAAUAGAUCUAAUCUAAUCUGGACUUUGUGAACCAAAUAUUUGAAAUAAAUGAACUUUUCUGUGGAUAUUCUGAUUUAUGAAGAUGCUGGUUUUUCUCUUCGCCUCAAACUUAGAUUUAAAGAUGUCUGUAUAUUUGGAAUAAUGAGCAACGAGCUGCAGUAUUGAUCUCCUCCUUCUGUCCCGCUGGAUUUUCCUCCAUUUCCACAGAUUAUAAGAAAAAAAAGUUGCUCAUCCAUUUGUGCUCCAGCUACAUAUUCAAAGUUUUAUAAGGAUGCAAACAGCAUUACACAUACUUCAGCAGCUCCCUGUCAGUCCUAAAGUUUAUGGAGAGGCUGUUAGAACCUCAGUUCCGUUGUCCGAGGUUCGCAGUAGUACCCACCGUGUUUGUUUUAAUGCUUAAAGGCCUUGAAGAAUGGCUGCAUCCAUUUUAUGAAAAUUAUACUCUUAUUAUAAAUUAAUGCAAUGACUUUUAUAAAAGGCGAACAAUGAUACCAUUUCUGCUGGUGGAAGAAAGCGUCCGCUUGCAGGUAAAAGUUAAAACCAGUGCCAAGAGGGCAGCAUUUAAAACGUGUGAAACUAUUAUUAAAAACCACUUCUUAGGUAUUGUUUUAAAAAAUAUAUAUAAAAAAAAAACACUUGAAGCAUUGUGUAUUCUUAAGUUUUAGAGGUAGUUAAGAAACGUGCUAGUUUUUUGUUGUUUCUGUAAGUCUAUGUACACGUAAAUAUGCGACUGCGGUGGUUGAAUAUUAUUACGCUCACCUUAGGUGGAAAAAAAUGUUUACAGAAGCAAUGUUUGUUACACUAAUGUGUGCAUCACGGUAUUUAUGUUUAAUGCAUCUGGGUUCCUUACACUUCUUGGUUCUGCUUUAUGAGCCUGUUUUUGUUUUGUUUUUAAAUUGGAUAUUUAUUUUUUUUCUACCACCUCCCUCCUAAGCAACCUACAUUGAAAACAAUAAAGAACAGAUGUUGUUCAUUUCAGGUAUUCACUUAUUGCCAUUUUAACCAUGGUGACUUUGCAGUAACUUUUCCUGCAGGCUUGGAUGUGAGGCAAUGUGUUUCCCUCUGUUUCUGCCAUGCUUCUCUAACUUAUGUCCUCUCUGUGUAUGACAGGAAGUUGUGUAUUUUCCUGAUUAUAUAUUUUUUUUGUUUUCUUUGAAUAAACUUAAAAAGUAAUUUUAAGGGAA